UCUAUGUAAACUUUUCACGUUGAUUUGUAGGCUGUUUGUUGGGUGCUUUGGCGGUAGAACGAUAUUUUUCCCGCCGAUGGGAUUUCGCGGCGGACCAAAACCCUAGCGGAUUUAAACCACCUGCUCUAGUCUCCUUCGCAGUUCUUCACUCCGUCUCCUCUGAGUCCUCUCGCUUGUUUCUUAAUUAGGACAGGCCAUUCAGUUCGAUCACUCUGGAGAACCAAUGGAUACGUCGAGCCCUGCAGUGUUCGUGAACGCGGAGCUUCUGAAGAUGCACGUUGGCAGGCGGGUUCGCAUUGUGCUACAAGUAACGAGGAUCGAAGGCGGCGUUAUGAUUGGACAAUCUACUGAUGGCCAGCAGCUAACGGUGAAGGGGGCCGAUCUGCAGAGCAUCCCUCUCCCCCACUACGUCGAGGUUAUCGGAAUCGCCGACGGCAAUCACUCCAUCCGUGCCGAAAUAUGCACCAAUUUUGGCGAAAAUUUUGAUGCUGUUUCUUAUAAUGGGCUAUGCAAACUUGCCAAUGGAAAAUUCAAGAGCCUGUUUCUUUGAUGACCUUAUCCAUUCUCCUGGUAAGUUGUCUCAAGCUUCCUAAUAUAGUUUCAUGUAGUUGAGAAGUUCAAUCAGCAAUUUAAAUCAUAUAUUUUUAAUCAUUGAAACCCUUUUGAAUUUUAUAAUCUUUGGAUAUAUGAUGCUGCA